GUUUUUAUUCGAGCAAAUAAAAGAUAUAAAAAAAGAAAUUCGUAAUGUCUGCAAAAAACUACGAAGUUGGUGGACCGAAUUUCAAGGACUAUAUUGUCUGUCCUUAUGACAGUGUUCAUCGCCUAAUGCCAUCUCGUUUGGCCUGGCAUUUAACUCGCUGCGCCAAGAAUUUUCCAGCCGCUAAGAUGGUGCACUGCCCCUUUAACUCAACUCAUUUGCAUUCGGUAGCGGAUAUGAAGGAUCAUGUCACCGUGUGCCCCAAUCGCUCGACCUUGGAGCGCUACAUUCUGCCGGAUGCUUUGCCACCAGCUGAGCCGCGAGCCAAUGAGUUUCUGGUUGAGGCAGAGGAAGAUUGGGAUGCCGAGCCACCAGCUCCAACCUACAAUCCCCAGGAUUACUGCGAAAAUGCUGCGGUCAUACGUAAUCCCCAGGGAAAGUCAGCGGCCGCACGUCGCCAGUUUCGCGAGGACGAACGCAAACGAUUCAUGGAAAAUUAUUUAAAUCAAAAAUAAUGGAAUUAUUGACCAUAUUCUAGUUUUCCCUAUCACAAAUAUUUGAAGCUAUUCUUUAAUGAAGGAAAACAAGGAUUUUUUUGUUUCUCAAAAAGUUUGAAUUUACAAAAUGUAAAUAUGGUUACCCAUUUGGUAAUUUGCGAAAUGUUAAUUAAAUUUAAAUAGAAAAUCUA